AAUUGACGUUUAGUCGCUUAAGUGUUUCUGUUUAGUCGUUUAAGUAAUUUCGCUUUUGUUUUGUUGGAGAACUACGCAAAAUUUUAAACAAACAGCAAAAAAUAAUAUUUUGAAAAAUAGUCGUCUGUUCUGUGUUUCCCUAAAUUUUAAAUAUGUUUCCUCGAUGCUUUGAUUGUCUAAAGAUGAAGGCCAUCCGCUCGUCUACCUUGUGUCUUCAAACCCCAAUAAUACGCAACAUAAGUACAGCGGAAAUCGCUGCAGCGUUGAGGCCCUUUUAUUUUGCAGUUCAUCCCGAUUUAUUUGGACAACAUCCAGAACAAAGAAAUGUUAAUGAAGAAUCGCUCAAACAUUUAAGUGCUCAUUUUCAGGCCAUCAAACAAAGAAGACUACCCCACAAUGUUCCUAAUGUUUUAAAAUUCUACAUAAGAGAUUCAGAUUCAGAAAAAAGAGAUUCAUUUAAGUUGAUCCAAGUGCGUAUGGAAAGAGCUCUAGAACCUAAAUUAGUGAUAAUAAAUCUUUUAAAAUCUUGUGAUUUGCCUACGGACCACAUUGAAAAUAUUAAUACCGUACAAAAAAGCAGCACACAAAGUGUUGCUGCUGCUUACGGAAGCAGCACAGUUCCAUUUGGGGACAUACAUUAUGGAGCGGAAUUUAGUAAUUUCGAAUUUACAUUUCAUGAGAAAAGUGUAAAUGACCGCAAGGAGCUAAGAUCCUGGUUAAGGGACAACAAAUCCGAUGCACUUUCUCGUAGUAAAGAAUUAGAAGGGCUGAAGGAAGAAGUUACAAAAUUACAAAAAUCCCUUGCGGAACGUUUAAAGCUCAAAGAAGUUCGUUACGACUGCGGAUGGAAUUACGAACACUACCGUGGAUGUCUUAAGACACUAGAACGUUUAGCAAAUAUGCAUGGCAAACAUGUUAAUGUUUUAAAAGGAAGAAUUGUUGUUUUUGCUUCAUUCACUGGAGUCAGUUUAGAAGGACAUGUUAUGCUAUUUACUGGAGAUGUUCUCAAUAACUGGUUGGACUUUAUCAAAAAUAUUUCGACACACGAUAGUUUUCUAAAAAUGAUUCCAAAUUAUGAAACAGCCUUGUCACAAGUUCUGAGAAAUAUGAAAAUCGGAAGAAGAAAAUUUAUGCCAAAACAACAAGCCGUUGACUAUGCUGGACAUCUUACUAAAGUUAUAACAAAUCUCCUGGAUUUUCUGUCAACGAAUCAAUUCCCAAAGGCUUGGCCUCAAGAUAUGUCUCAAUUUGAAAUUGUUAUUGAAUCUGAAUCUGGUCCACUUAUGGUAAGCCCGACGGGACAACUCAUUGCUCCCUCCACAUGCCCUGGCACGAUUCUGGUUGAUUUCAUUACCAAUCAUCUCGAAGAGGCUAAACUCAAAAUGGAGCAGUAUAAUAAGCAUAAGCAUAUUGAAAAAGAACUGCAUGAUCGCUGCAUUAGACUUUUGAAGUUGAGUUCGUUGACGAAAGAUGAUUCCGUAACGCCGGAUAAAAUGAUUCAAACUCUUGAAAAACUAAUAUUGGCAAAUUUGAAAUCUGUAGAAAAAAUUCAUUUGCACAUAACGAAUUAUUACUCAGUUCACACAGAUGGCACGGUUUGCAUACCUUGGGAUUUUGAAUUAGAUUAACGUGGAUUUAGUUCAAUUGUGAUUGUUAAAUAAAUAUACAUACAUUGUUAGAAAGUUAAAUUUAUUAGUUUCGUUUUUGAUUAAUAAAAAUAUGUUUUUGAUGGUUUUCCAUUUAGAAAAAUAAUUUUAACACUGUACCUGUAUUAAAAAUUGUUACUAAUGUAUACAAAAAUAACCAUAUAAACAAGAUCGAAACUAAAUUAUUCUAAUUAAAUAGAAUAAAAUAGUUUUGUAAAUAAAUUAUACCCAAGCAUAAUUUAAAUUAAAGAUA